CCAUCUCACCAGCCCAGCCUUGGCAGCAACGCCAGCAGAAGCAGCCCUAUCCGCUUCUCCUGGCCGGUCGACAGCCCGCCUUCUCUCCAGCUGAGGGGAGGACCGAGAGGCGGGGACGCUGCUGCUGAAGCGAGCACACCCUCCCCUUCCUUCCCUAAACAAACCUCCCGUGCUGCUGCUGCUCUUCCCCCUCCUCUUCCCGAUGGGCGGAGCGGGACACGGAGGCAGGAAGCAGUUAUGGCGGACUGGGGACGAGGUCAGAAUGGAAGUGCUGUGGAUGAUAUGUUAGAUGUGGAAAACAAACGCAUGUCGGAAAACCUAGCCACUAAAGUCACUCGGCUAAAAUCGCUUGCACUGGACAUUGAUAAAGAUGCUGAGGAUCAAAAUCACUAUUUGGAUAGCAUGGAUUCUGAUUUCAUGAGUGUGACAGGCCUUCUGUCAGGGAGUGUGAAGCGUUUCUCCACCAUGACCCGGUCAGGGAGAGACAAUCGUAAACUUCUUUGUUACGUCUCUGCUGGACUGAUUGUUGUCUUCUUCAUUCUCUAUUAUUUGGUGACAAGAGCACAAACUUGAGAGUAAUGGUCAAGAUUUUGUACUCGAUGCUUCUUGAAGAGAAAAAAACAAUAAUGAAAGUGGCUUUGGAAGACUUUUAAAUGUAUAUCCUAGGAAGGAUUAUUCAAAUGUUCACAGUGAUCCAGAAGUUCCUCUAUGGACUCCAGUUUCAUUUCUCUGGAUUGUUUGGAGUUGAUCUUUUACUUUAAAAAGGAUGUAAUUUAUUCUGUUGCUCUCCCUUUGAAAGCUUAAAUACAGCACAGUUCACAUCCUGUCCAUAUUACCUUAUUCUCUCUAGUGGGCUGGAGGGAAAGCAUACUGAUGAUGCCACUUCCUAAAGUUGUUUGGUUCGACAAGAUAAUCAUGACAUUCAUAUCAUAGCAGAGAGGUUCUAGUGCCCACUUUAAAUGAAAAAGUGUGACUUAAAGGACUGUGAUACUAGGUUGCAUGAAUUUCCUGAAAACAAAUGUAAUUCUGGUAAGGGCAGCUUCUUCCUAGAAAAGUUGCUUAACUUUAUUUCUAAUUCUAUGACCACCAUCAAUUAAAGUAUUCUAACAAUCCUUUUUCCUUGUGACUGUCAAAGACUUGCUGAGUAGAACAGAGUUGUACUUAGAAUAUUCCUAAAAGAAGGAAGAGCGAGAACUUGCACAAAUGAUGUUAUCACUUUUGCUUUUUCCAUCCUGUUCUAGUCUGUCCCCUAACUAUAUUAUAUAUACAAACCUUACCUUACCUUAAGUUAACAUACUUUCACUUUAAAACAUUUAUCCAAAUCAACCUGUUGAUGGUGACCUUUUUGUUAAGUGCUUUUUAUUGAUUCAUCAAUUCUACAUUAACUUUCCUAUUUGUAAUUAUUCCCCUCUCUCUAGAAUCAAGUAACUUUUUAUCCAGUUUUAAUGUUUAUUAUUAGGUUUUGGCUCCUGAAGUGCCGGUAAGAUUUUAACACCAACAUCUUAACUGAUGGUCUGACAUUGUGAUUUCCAAGACAUAAUUUGCCAUAAUUUACUGUGGCACAGUGAAAAGAAGAAUGUAGGGAAGAAAGGACCUGGUACCAAUCAGUUUCUGGAUCUUGACCAAAUUAGUACAUUAUUGAUCUUUACUGUUAGCAGCCUGACUCUUGACAUAGGUGAAUCUUGUAUUUUUGUUUGUCAUUUAUUCCAUAACAUCUCACCAUAGCAAUAGUAUCUUCUCAUUAGUUUUCAACUUGAAAAUAAAGUUAAAACAGAUUUUAAACA